AGACAUUAUAUUGUAAUGUAAGCAAUUAGUUUUCAUCGUAAGACUUAACUUACAAUUUUCGACGGAAUUUAAUUGUUUAAAUUACAACAUAGGCCAUGAAAUUACCUUAGACUAUUUUUUUCCAUCCUCAAAGGAAAUUAUGGAUCCAACUAUGUCAAUUUUGUUCUUCAAACUGUACAAAGAUAUAUGCAAAUGAGAUGAAAUAAAUUAACCGAACUACAGACAACGUCUAUGGAAGCGUUGUGGACGACCAAGUGGCGGUGGAACACGGGUUACAGCGCGGAUUCCGUCGAAUGGUGCCCCGUGAUUCAGCAUUGGAAUGUGUUCACUUGUGGUACUUACCAGCUCAAUAAGAAUGGUUCUGGAGGAGAUCAUGAAGCAAAACAGUCGAGACUUGGCCGCAUCUAUCUCUUUGUCAUAGACAACAGCACCAUCGAGUUGUCUCCUAACCAAACUAUUGAAACUUCUGGAAUACUCGACCAAAAAUGGUGUUACCACACCAUACAAAACUACCCGGUACUUGCUACUGCAACAUCUGAGGGUAUUUUACAUCUUUACCGAAUGGUUGACGAAAAUGGAACGUUAAAUUUGAAAUUGUGGGUUGAAGAGUCGAUUGGUGAAAAUAUUCUGGCUUUGUCUUUGGAUUGGUCAACCAACAAAACCGAGAUUGAAGAGCCAGAUAUAGUAGUCAGUGAUUCAGCGGGAAGUGUGACUGUAUUGAGGGUAGUUGGAGACCAAUUGCUGAAGAUUGGACGGUGGAAUGGACACGGAUUUGAAGCAUGGAUCGCUGCUUUUAAUUAUUGGAAUAGUAAUAUAUUUUAUUCAGGCGGUGAUGACUGCGUGUUCAAGAGUUACGAUGCCAGAGUACCCGAGAUAGCAGUCACCGUAAACAGGAUUCACGAAGCUGGAGUGACAGUUGUGAGGAACCACGUGGAUAUGGAACAUCAGCUUUUGACCGGCAGUUACGACGAAAGAGUGCGUCUUUGGGACACAAGGAACCUAAAACGUAGUAUAACGGAGACAAACGUAAACGGAGGAGUAUGGAGGCUUAAAUGGCACCCCUUCCAAAAAAACAUAAUUUUAGCAGCCUGUAUGUACGGAGGGUUCAAAAUAUUACACCUCGAGGAAGAGAUUAACGUUAUUUGUGAAUAUUUAGAACAUGAAAGUAUUGCAUAUGGUGCCGAUUGGAAGUUUGUCGACGAAAAACCGUCUGUGGUGGCUACGUGUUCGUUUUAUGAUUGCAAAUUGCAUUUGGGCGAAGUUGAGUGGUAAAUAAAAUGUGU